AUGGCUCGCGGGCAGCAGAAGAUUCAGUCCCAGCAGAAAAACGCCAAGAAGGCCGCCGAGAAGAAGAAGGGGCAGGCGGCCGACCAGAAGACGGCGGCCAAGGUGGCACUAGUCCACACGUGUCCUGUUUGCAGGACGCAGAUGCCCGAUCCAAAGACUUUCAAGCAACACUUUGAGAGCAAACACCCCAAGUCUCCGAUGCCCCCCGAGUUGGCCGACGUUCAAGCUUAA